GUGUGUGUGCGUGCGUGUGUGUAUGUGCGUGUGUAUGUAUGUGUGUGUGUGUAUGUGUGUGAGUGUGUCUGUGUGCGUGUGUGCGAGGGCAAAUGGCGGGUGGGCCCAGCUCAGGGAGGCCUGGCUAGCAGGUCCCGGGGUCCUGGUGGCGACCCGAGCGCUCGGUCCGCCUGCAGCGGGCGGGUGAUUCCUCCUCCACCCCCACCCCCACCCCCGGCCCCGGCGCCUGCGCGCCCGGUCCCGCCCUCCCCGGCCUCGGCUCCCGCGCGGCGGCGACGGCGGCGGUUCGUCCCCUCCCCCCAGCCCUGGCUCCGGGGGACCCUGCGAUGCCGGUCCGCACCGAGUGUCCCCCGCGGGCGGGUGCCUCAGCUGCGUCUGCGGCGUCACUCAUCCCGCCGCCGCCCAUCAACACCCAGCAGCCCGGCGUGGCCACCAGCCUGCUCUACAGCGGCUCCAAGUUCCGCGGCCACCAGAAGAGCAAGGGGAACUCGUACGACGUAGAGGUGGUGCUGCAGCAUGUGGACACAGGGAAUUCUUACCUUUGUGGGUACCUGAAGAUUAAAGGCCUUACGGAGGAGUAUCCGACCCUUACGACCUUCUUUGAAGGGGAAAUAAUCAGCAAAAAACACCCUUUCUUAACUCGCAAGUGGGAUGCAGAUGAAGAUGUUGAUCGGAAACAUUGGGGCAAAUUUCUGGCUUUUUAUCAGUAUGCAAAAUCAUUUAAUUCAGAUGACUUUGAUUAUGAAGAACUGAAAAAUGGGGAUUAUGUCUUCAUGAGGUGGAAGGAGCAGUUCCUGGUUCCAGACCACACAAUCAAAGACAUCAGCGGUGCUUCCUUUGCUGGCUUCUAUUACAUCUGCUUUCAGAAGUCAGCAGCCUCCAUAGAGGGUUACUACUACCAUCGCAGUUCAGAAUGGUAUCAGUCCCUCAACCUGACCCAUGUUCCUGAACACAGUGCACCCAUCUAUGAGUUCCGGUGACAGCAGUUCAGAGCAGCAGCCAAAUAAAACUGAACUUGGCAACAAAGAGCUUUGCCAAGGAAAUUGUGUACCUGCCAGAACCAGGAGAGGUGUGUUCCUGUUUCUUCACGAGCAGACUUCAUCAGAAAGCAUGAAUGCUAACCUACAGGAUCCAAGGACCAUGGCCGACCUGCAGGCAGGCAGAGGGAGCUGUCCACAUCCCACCCUCCUCCCUCUCUGUGGCAUUGUGGUCACCAUGUAAUUCUGAGCAAACUUAAAUGCACUUUCCUUCCUGCACAGCUAAUUUCUGCAUCACUGAAAUACCAGCUUUCCUCCACCUGCCUCCAGCCGAGUGGAAGGUCAGCUCCUGGGUCAUCUCAGCCUUGGUGCUCAGUGGUCCCCACCCAGGCCCUGUCUCUUCCCCAGUUGCUUGUCUGGUAGCCCAAGGAAAGGUAGAGCCUAGCAUCUUUGUGCCCCAGAACUCUAUGUGAGGAGUUGGCUGGCCCUGGCAUCUACUACCAAUGAAAUGAGGUGGGGAUCUUAGUGGGCCUCAUUGAUGUGGUUCCAGUUUGGAUGCUUUAUGGGGCCAGCAGUACUGCUGAGCCCUGUACUUUUAACAAUGCAAAGCUAGCACAUGGCUGUCAGGUUCCCUGGGCCUACUGUUGGGGAUCACUAAAUUUAAGGCUUCCAGAUCCCUGGUAGGAACAGAUCCCAAACUGCUUUCUCAGUACAAUUUGCUCCAAACUUCUGAACUUGAGGGCAAUACUAAAAUAUAAGAGUUUUUUAUUACAAAAUUAUUAUUUUUAUGGUCCCUUUAACAAGGACCCUGUGGCAAAUGCACAAUUAUUCUGGAUUACAUUUUAUCGUUUUCAUAUUGAAAACAGCAAAUGUUGACUUAGUGAUUUUUAUAUCUAUGUCUAAAUGUAUAUUUAAUCAACCAGCAGUUUUAAAAUAAGUCAUCCUGGUACAAAAGUUUUGCAGCAUUGCAUAAAUUAUAGUACUAAACACAAGAACUGUUCUGGGGCCAGUUGAGCAUUUGUGCCCCUUCCUUUCGCUACUCAAAACAUCAGUGUAUCAUGACAACUUUUUCCAAAGGCAGAAGGGGUCUUCAUUCCCCAGAAACACUUAUUGAAAUGUUGGGAUGGGGGGGGGCAGGAAAGAUGAAUGGGCUCAAAUAAUUCGAGGCUUGUGUGCCAAAGUGGGGAGGUGGGAGGUGUUUGGUUUGGUUUGGUUUUUCUAAAUGUUUGAAAAGCUUGAUAGGUUGGCAUCAGUUGUAGUCUACAAAUAUUAGGGUUUGGGGGAAUUCUAGUAGUUUACAAGACUAUUCUGAAUACAAGAGGAAAAAGCUUUAAAAAAAAUAAUAAAACAGCAUCAGGGCUGGGGGUGCAGCUGAUAGAGCACUUACCUGUCACAUGUGAGGCCCUGGGUUCCAUUCCCAGCACUGGAACAAAGAAACACCAAGGGGUUGCAGCUUGCAUGUCCAUGGCAGUGACUUUCCUUGUACUGUACUGUACUGUACUGUACUGUACUGUACUGUACUGUACUGUACUGUACUGUACUAUGUUACUGAUGUAACAGAAUGUUGCAAAUAUACUGAAUGUUAGGGGAAGCCUUAAAGGAGCAGGAGUAGGGGAAGUAACCAGCAGGCACUUGCUAUUUGAAGUCCCAAGACUGUGAGCCAGGGAGUACAGCUCACCAGUCAGUAGGGUCAGGGCCCAGAAACCCUAAAAAAAAAAAAAAAAUCCCCCAGACUUAGGUGGAAAAAUAAUUCACAUUCAUUCCUGGGGAUAGUCAAGUGUUCCCUCACCCUUGAAAGGCAAGCUGAGUAUGGAAUGUAUCUGUAGCCUUCUACUCAGAAGUUUGAGGCAGGAAGGUCUCCUGAGCCUAGGAGUUCCAGGCCAGCAUGGGCAACCUACACUUCAUCUCAAAAAAACAGAGAACCAAAAUUCAACCAAACAUCAAAUGGCUGGCUCUGAUCAGAGUCACCUGGCUCACACUCAAAAGACACCGCCACUUCAGUUAGGCUGAGGGACAGCAUGGAAAAGUGAAGUUUGAGGGGCUGUGCUGGCUCUUCCUGCACACCCACUCUGCUGUCCUCUUCACCAUGUGAGUCAGUCCUUGUGUAUGUGGGGCAAGCACCACUCAGCAGUGGACAUGGCCAUCCUGGAGCUGGGCUGUAUACAUAAGUGGUGCAUCAGUGGGCAGUCUCUUGUAAACUGCAUAGGCCAGGUUCUGUCACAAGGACUCUUCCUUUUCUUAGAUAGAAAAGUGUUCCAGUUGUACUAAGAAAAAUGAGGCCUACCUGAAGGCUUGAUUGAUUAGAAGUCUGCCCCCCGAGCAUGGGACAGGAGCAAGCAUGUACCAUCUUGUAAUUCCUACCCAACUGACACUUUUGCUGUCCCUGAAGGACCUCUGGGGACUCAUCUCCAUCUGUAGCUCUUUCCUGAAAUGUCUUGGUAGUUUACAUGCCUCUGGUACUGAGUGCAAUAUCUUUGGCUGGCACUUGCAUCUACCAUUCAGAAAUAAAUGCAGACUGCAGAUUUCCCACUGUGCUCAGCUCCAACAAGCCGGCCCAAGACAGUGACUGGGGGUCUGGCUAUCUUACCCUUCACUCAGAAGCUCCACUUUACAGCUCCACUGCUGUGGCCAGCCUCGGCCCCCUCAUACCUGAUUUACCCCUCUACCCACCCAUCCCUUUUAAGAUUGUCUAGCAUUUCAGCUGCAGUCCAAAAGUAAGCAGACAAUGCCUAAUACUAAGUAGGAAGUCAGUCUGUGUGCUGGUUCUGUUAGCAGUGUUGAAAUCACAGACCCCAGGGGGAACAAAGGGGUUUCUCAAUAUCUUUUGCUUUCAGAAGCAGGGAAUUUAUAUCCUCUUUAAGGCCUUGAAUGGAUUUUUUUUUCCUCAUAGUCACUGAUAAGCUAAUUUUUAAAAAGAAAUGCCAUUAAGUAUGUUACAUUGUGGUUUAAAAUUACUAACGCGUUCUGGGAAAGAAAAAUACUUGAUUUUGAAUCUUAAAUGUUUUUUAAAAAUUAGAUUUGAAUGGGUGUAAAGUAUGAAUAUUUUGUUUCUUUAUGGAAGACCUGUGGAAGGGUUUGAAGAUUUGCAAUGGGAGAAGUAUUUUGCAGAGCUAUCAAUGUCCAAAUAAUUUUUAAAAAAUAAUAAAGGUAUUUAAGCAA